AUGGACACGCUGCAAAAGUACCCAAUCCCCGCCGAAGUGCGAUGCUGGCUGCUUCAAGAGCUAUGGCGAGACUGCCUGCCCGGCGCAGCCCCGACCGCCGACUCCAUGGCUCCGUACCUCGACUACUACGCGGCGCAGUGCCAGCGCUUCUCGCGCGACGGCGGCAUCUACCUGUGCGUUAAGUCGCACGCGGCUAUCUGCGACAUCGCUAAGCAUAUCAUCGGCGACGCGACGCGGGACGAGAUCUGCGGCCGCCUUCUUCGUUCUUCGCCUAACGCUACGGACAGCGACAUCCUGCGCGCCAACACGACCGUCGACCUGUGCGCGAGCCUGGGAGCGUGGGCGUUCGACGUGUCGGAGCCGAACCCGCUGGGCUGGCCGGGGCGGCACAGCACGCUGCGACAGGCGGUGGAGCAGCGAUGGGCGGCUGGGCAAGUGGCCGAGCACGGGCUGGACGGGCAGCUGGGGCGGUGCGGCAACCUGCGGGCGCAGGACCGGCGCUUCGAGCGGUUCGCCGUGUGGCACGACCGGCUGUGGUACACCUUCUGGGUCGCCAUCCUCGUCUUCGCGACCAACCUCUUCUUUGGUUUUGUGCAGAGCAUCGAAGGGGCUGUGCAGGUCUACCUCACUUGGAAAGCUCUGAACCCGGUCGAGGGCCCGCUAUAGUCCAACAUCAUGUUCUGUGGACGUCUCGUAAACAAAUACCACCAGGUUCACCUCGGUGGCCUAUCUGGGCGUUGCUGUAUCAAUAAGUUAUACCCCGUAUGUAUGUUGCAGUUUUCAUCAAAGUUUGUACUAUCAAAUAUAGUCA